CCUCAAAAUGGCGGCUUGCAAGAGCUCUCUGCUACUGGGAAUUUCUUUGUGAUUUUUCUGUUUUUAUCAUGAUCACAAUGGACGGGUACAAAGGCAGACAGAUAGCUUGUCUUUUUAUGACUUGGUUAAGUUAUGCAUCGACAUAUUUACUUCGGAAACCCCUUGGUGUGGUAAGUAUAAGAACUCUUUUGUCCGACGUGACAUGACACGCUCUGAAAUGUAUUACGUGAAUUCUCUAAAUAAUGCCGUCUUUGCAGAGAAGAAACUUAUGCUUAACCUUUUUAAUUUUUUAAGGGGUUAAAAUUGCCUUCCAAUUAAUCCUUGAUAUCUGUAUUUCAUGAUAAACUCAUGAGAAGCGGAUUUACAUCUAUUAAGAUUCCAUCUAUACGAAUCUUUAUCCUGGAUACAUCAUCGGGAGAAAUGGCUAAAUUGUUCCCAGAACAUUUACUAUCGGCCAUUGUUAUUCUAAAAUGCCAAGGAAGAGGCAAUUUCAUUGGUUACCAUGAACGCAAUGAAGCCAAGUAGGCGGGUUAAACUAACAAUAUAAAUAUAUAGCCGAAUCGCUCUUUUGUUUUUCUUUUGUUUGUAUUGUUUGUUUGGUAAAAUCACACCUGUACGCCUCUAAAUUACUCCAAGCAUAACUGUUAGAAGUACGAACAAAGAGCUACGGAGAAUCUAUAAAAUUACUGCAUGCCAAAAUCCGGGUUCAACGAACAAAAUAACUGAUUUUAUGAUGACUGAGAAAAGGUUUCUUUCAAUUCCACUCAGUACAGCUCUGAAAAGCUCGGGCUGAUUUUAAUUUUCUGCUGAGUGACAUGGCGAUAGCAAAAGUUUGGAGUAAGGCAUUUGCUUUUAAUAGACUACAUGCACGCGGAGAUAACGCAACAAUAAUAAUUAAGUAAUUGUGUUGUCUCUGUCCGGCUACCAAGAAUCCUUUAUUUCACUUUAAUUUUGACCCUCAGCGGUCUCCGGAAUAGACCCGGCGGACGCACAAUAACGUGUGAUGAAAGCCCUUUUAAGGGCUUUUAAAAAAGGAGAUGUUAAACAUGCUACGUCAUCGGGAAGUGACAUCUAUAAUCAAAAAGAGUUGUGCGCGGUCAAAAAAAGAGAAAAAAUGGCUUUGUAUUAAAUGCAAAUGGCAAACUUUCGUACAAAAUAAAAUCAGUCUGAAACUUUAUAGACCUGUAACAAAACCCUAACUGUAUCAUUAGGCAGUCACAGUUUAUUUUUUUUUCUGUCAAGUUCGCGUCCCAUCGGCCAAUUAUGAAUAUUUUGUCAAAUAAUUCAGGAUCCUUAUUGACGCUUUUCGAUCCUGUGGCAAGUCUUUGCCAUAGUAUGUGAACAUAUAAAUAUUCCUUUUCCGGUCUCAGAUGACAACAGACUUGUUACUUGUUUAUAAAAUGGAGAAACGUGAUCGCCCACCUAAAGGCUUUUACAAGAGCCUCUAAGUGCCCGUAGAUUUUCUUUUCGAUAGAAGUUGAUGUGAGAAAUAACCAUACAUUUUGGGCGUCUUUCAGGCUGCUGAAUGAUUCAUUGCCAAAAAAUCAGAAAUGGAAAGCCUAUGUUGAUGUUUCAACGGUGGGGAUACUGUGUGCGAGUCAAAACAUAUGUUUCUAAGAGCUCUGAAAAGCGCCCCUGUUUGUUUCGGCAAUUUCAGUGUUAUUAAUUCGGCAAUCUAGCUGGCAGUUCGAAUAAGUCAGAUGUCACACUGUAUUGGCUUUAAAAUUCGCGGCAAUUGUGAGAUUUUUUUUACAGUGGAGUGGUUUUCUUGAAUGGGCAUUGUCUCAGUCUUGGCAACCAUUGUUAUUCAGUUUUGAGCUUAGGACAAUAGCUCGCUUGCUCCAGACCCGCCAUUUUUGAACACAGCUCUUACCAGAAAUUUUCAAAGUGAAAUGGAUAGUGGUUCUACUCAACUGAUUUUUAAAAUUUAAACGGAUUCUGUUCGAGAAAAGGCCAAUCUUUCAUUUGCCGCACGUAGAUUUUUUAAAAGCAGUGGAAAUUUCGAGAAAAUCUCUUUCGAAAAUGGACUCCACACUAAAAAGACUUUUUUUGCUGUAAUUUCAAGUGCAAAAGGAUAAUGCUCUCUCUAGUUCAAUCUCCUUUGUUUUAGUUCAAAUUGCAAGUACACCGUUCUUCUUCACCUCUGAUGUUUGUUCUAACCGGAUGUGAUUUCUUCUAAAACGUUCCCAUGCAAAUUUUUGUGUUUGUAAAAUCUGAACUUUAUAAGAUCAAGGGUCACUUCUGUGCUAUCUUGACCAAGUAUACUACUGACUGUUGUGCAUACACUUGGGCAUCCUCCAAUAACAGCAAAAUUAUUUUGCUUACUCCUUGUUGUAGUGAAAGGGAAAUAAUGCUCACAUCCAAUUUAUGCAUUGUUAUUAAGUUUUCUCAUUCAGUUAAUGUUCAGUGGCCUGAAUUAUAGUCUUGUGGACCCACUUUUCAACAUCAGUAGACUUGUAAAGCGAAGUGGAAAAUAUGAAAUUGUUUAUUGCCAGAGACUGUCUGGCAAUUCAACACUGUAAUUUUUUAACUGUUUGUUUUGGUAGGUCAAAGCAGAUCUGGCAAAUGUGUUCCAUCUCUCAAAGACUGAGCUAGGAUUUUUAGACACUGCUCUCCUCCUUCCGUAUGCCUUUAUGCAGGUAUUUACUUUUAUUUUGUGCACAUUGCUGACCUUUCUGGUUUCUGGUUGUUGGUUUUUUUGGGGGUUUUAUUUAAAUUUCUGAAAAGCAUGUCCAUCCCUUUUCAAGUCCUUGAGAAACUCUCUAUUCCUGUCACAGAACACAAGUCAGGAAAAGAGCAUUUUGAAAUGCUUAAGGUGGCGGGGAGGGUUGGGGGGGACACCUUGGGCUCAUUGUUAUGCAUUUAAACUUGUCAUCAUGGGCAUUGGUGCCUACAAAGUUGGUGGAGUUGGGCCAUGCUCUAGUAUGAGGAGGAGGUAUCCAUGGCAACCCUGUGAGCGGCCCCCACCAGGCACCGUCACACUGAACAAUUCAGUGGAAUACUUACUGACCAAUACUUACCUGGCCCUAACCUCAAGAGGGAGGGAGGGAUGGGAAAAACAAAAGCACAAAAUAGCACACAAACAACAAGCUAUUGCAACAACACUUUGCAAAGAACUGAAGCAAGCAACCGCGUAUAUAAGUCACAAGGUGCCCCUGCUAGAGGCAUCGGGCCACCCCCAGAAUAGCUGGAAAAACUGCUGUCCCAAGAGCGACAAUUAUUUGUUUUCCUCUAACAAUAUCAAUACACAAUCAAGAGAAAAGGUUGUAAGAAUAUAUUUGAUAGAAUAAUCCCCUAAGGGUAAAUGCUUUGAACUUUUAUCAAAUUCUCUCAACCUAUUCUUUAUGGAAAUGCACUGAGACCAGUUUGGAGAAAUUGUAUGUGGAUAUUGGGGCUAAUUAAAGGGUUAAAACUUGACACCUGCUUGUUUUGCAGAUCAUGUUAUCAUCACUUGGUGACAAAUAUGGACCUCGAGUAGCACUUGCUGGCUGCCUUUUAGGGUCUGCUUUAUCUAUGGUAAGCAUUGAUCAUUUUUUAUUAUUUUUUUUAUUAUUUGUUACUAGCUUAGUUCAGCCAAAAGAAAUUUAUAUAAAACUGCGCUUGUCAUAUAGUAAACUUCUGAUUAUAAGUGCUGAGCUCAUACAAGGGUUUUGUAGGAGGGUUUGUUAACAGGGGGCUUAUAUCAACAGACCAAAAAAGUGUUUCAAAAUAAGCUACAUAUCAGUGCUGAUCAAAAUACGUUUUGAUUUGAUUGCUUUUUUUAGCUAACCUUCAACACAUUGUAACAAGUCAAAUUCAUUUUGACACUUGUAAGCUAGAGGGGGGGGUCUCAUAACCGGAUGUAUUUUUUCGUUUACAGGCAGAUGAGCUUAUAAAUGGGGGCUAACAUGUAUGUUUUAAGAUUUGGAGACCGCUUUGAUUAUCCUUUCAUCAAAAAUCUGUGCAAUAUCGUGGGUAUCAUGGUUCAGUGAUUCUUUUGUUAGAGAGACUCUUGAUAAACAAUUUGCUGCAAGUGAGCUUUGUUAUGUUGCCUAGCACAUGACCAUAAUUAUGGUCUGCCCAUGACUUAAAAAAGGUCACCCCUUUGUACCACAGUAUUCCCAAGGACCACAGAAUGUCCAGGAUUUAGGAGUUUUGUUCUCUUAAGAUCAAAUGCAAUGUCCUUUUCUGGUACACAGCCCUUAAUGAAACCCUUGAAAUAAUCAAGAUAAUGGUCAUAUGAACUGGAGAAGUUUUGUUUUGUUGGUACCUAGAAAAGAUGUUUGCUUAGUUUCAACUUCACUUUCUUCCCAUCUCAUCGUAGCCCUCCUCUCCUCUGCAAAUAUGGACAUUUACAAAAUUAAUCACUGAAGAUCAGCGGGUUAAAGGAACAGUUUUUCCUUAAGUUGGUUCAAAAUUUCCAGCUUCAUGACCCCCAAAAAAUGUUGAUGGACUGAUGUAGUUACUUAAAAAGAGUAAAUUUUUUGAUUGACUGUCGUAAAUCACUGUUCUAAGGCCAUGUCUCUUCCUGGAAUUUGCCUUAACUUAGCCUUAACAAUAUUCAGCAAUAACAGUGUUAAUGUUGUACUAAUGUCAAGCCAAUAUUUUGAUGCAUGCAUGAUAUUAUUUGCCUUAGGUAUCCUUUGGAUACUGGAACAGUUUGUUGAUAUUUGCACUGCUGCUUUUCUUGAAUGGAACGGCACAGGUUAGUUUUCUUUUUACCAAAACUUAUUCUUUUCUGUUGCUUAUUAAUCCUCCAUCAUUCAUUAUUUGGCCCUUUCAGUGAGAGGACGCUUUGAACAAUAAUCUUACUCUACACAUUCUGGUCUGACGUCACAUUCACAAGAUCCUCUCUGUCAAUGUGGGAAUCCCUUAACAGCGCUGUCAAAAAGUUUUAAAGUAGACUGAUAAUGAAUAGUAGGUGCCUUUGGAACUCGCACCGGUACCAAAGGCACAAGUUUUUGAAGUCCCAGGUAUUUUCGACUGCAGAUGCCAUGUUGCUUUGUUGGAAUACAUGCAAGACUGGAAACAAUGCCGUCAAAAUGUCCCAGGCAUUCCACCACAUCACACGGUUCGAAAGUUUCACAGAUCUGAACCUGUUUAAAUAUGCGUUCAAUCUCAUUCUAAAGUGAGAAAUGGAUGCUUUACAAUUUUAUUUGAUGGAGCUUAUUUUUUGUUAGCAGUUAUGACUCUCUUAUGGUAGAAGGAGAUGAAAGUAGCCGGCUAAGGAUGGUGAACUAGCCGGCGGUUUUGGCCGGCUACUCAGGCCCUUAUUGACAGCCCUGCCUUGACAUCGUAUCUGGGAGUUUCAGGACCACUUGGUGUCCUUAGAGGUCUUAGAAAAAUUUAAUGUUUUCAGCAUGCAGCUACAAUCAAACCUCUCUUUAUGGACAGAUACCUCUUUAUUUCUUCAUUUCUAUGGUACACACUCAAUGUGUCUAACUUCAAAAUUUUUAAUUAUUACAUUUUGAUAUCUUGACAGUCAACAGCGUGGCCAAACUGUGUCAAGACUCUAACCAACUGGUUCUCUGACCAACAAAGGAUGACUGUGUUUGGUUUGUUUGGAACAAGCAGCUUUGCUGGUGGAAUCCUAGGGACGGCAAUGGCUGUGAGUAAAAUAUGAUUUUUUUUAAAAUUAACGUGUGAAGCUCGUUUUUUUUUAGUAUAAGGGUUCUCCAAAAAUUUUAAAGUAGCAGGAGGUUAAAAGAAGGCAACCACGGUCUCAACAGCAUUCGAAGUAGGCGACUGCCCAACUCUAAGUAGGCAGCAGUGACAAAUGGAGGAGCUGUAAACUAGGGAGGGAAAAGCAGCAAAUAGAGUGCAAAGUAAUUAAGUGGUUACGAAUUCCAAAGUAGAUGGCAAUCUACCCAGCGUAGCCGGCGUUAACCCCUCUCCCUUUUUUCUCCCUUCUUGCCCUCCCCCUACCCCCCUCCCCUCGGCCCCCCUCUUUAACGCCUGUUACGCAGGCUAGCAGCAAUCACUUACCAGAUGCCGGCUUCUAUUGACAAACCUAGGCAGCCAUGAAGUAGAUUGAAAAGAGUGCCUUUCAAUUUCUUGCGGCUUCGCCACUUGUGCCAGUUCGGCCUUUGGCUGAACACGUGUCGGCCCGUGGCCGACAAAACGAAGCUCCCCGUCGCAUGCGAGAAAAAACCUCUGUUACCCAGGGUAAGCUUGGGAAGGUAUGGAAUGGGAACUAACCCCUCCUACUCGGGGAUUCCUCGGGAAAGUUUUUAUUUCAAGGGCCCUGAAGAAUUUUAACCAUGAUAUCAGCACCUUUCUUUACUCACAUAUGCUUUAUUAAAAAAUAUAUUUUAUAUGUUUAUGUUUUUCAAACAAACGUGUUGAGAAACAAAUAUGACAUAAUCAUUAUCCUACCUAAAAAAUUAUUUACUUUGAGUAGCAGACACUUGAACCUUGAUGGGUAGUUGGUGAUUUUUACCAGUGUUGAGCAUUCAAAGUACCCUGUUUAGGGAAAUCAGUACUUAUUGAUUGUGCUUGAUGGCUCAUGGCAAAAUAAUUAUUAUUUAUGUGGAGUCUCUUCAACUAGAAGGGUGCUUAGCAAUCUCAAUCCAAACCAUUUCUCAAAAAAGACUUCAGGCUCCCUAACCUUUUUUAAAAUGAUGAUAGACAACCAUUCACUGUAAUGAUAGACAAGUUAAAAGAUUUGUAAUCUCAUUUGCCCAGGUUCAGUUGCAGUCUCACUUUAUGCAAGACAUGAGGUUUAUAUUUUUGAUCCCCUCUGUAAUAGUGGUAAGUUUAAUUUUCCAAAGUGUAUGGUGCAUGUAUCUGCUUUUAUCACAGUUAAUUAACAAUUAUUCCUCUCGCCCUCAUGGCCUCUGAGUCAAUAACCCAUUUGACCUUUGGCCUCAUGGGCUAUUGACUCAGAGGCCAUGAGGGCGAGAGGAAUAAUUUAUUGUUUUAGUAAGAUCCCACUAGUUGGUCGAAAAUAUUGAGAAUAAAAAAAAUUUAGCUAGGUAAAGCUGAACUUUAAUCCUUUUUUGCCGCCAAAAAGCCCGCGCUUUUCGCUACUAGUGGGCUAUAACAUAUAGCCUAGUAGUAGCUCAACCAAUCAGGAUGCAGCAUUGAUAAUAGACCACUAGUUGGAUUUUACUAAUGACAAAUUAUAUUUUGGCAAACAUUUUAUUGUGAAGUCAAGAAGAGUAUUAAACAAUAUCAAUCAAGCUUUUUCAAAUUAUUAGUUGUGUAAGAAGUGUUUGACACUGUGAUAAAGAAUAUAAAGUGAAUUUCUUCCUAGCAUCUCAAACUAGUCAUAAACAAGUCUCAUUAUCAAUUUGUUAGUUAAAAAACUACUCAAUGUUCAGUUGUGGCUCUGAUCGUAUGUAAGUAACUUGCCUUUCAUGAGAUGAGAAUCGCAUUGUGUACUACACAAUUCCUGAAGUCCAAAAACUCUAUAGAUUCUACAUGACAGAGGGAUUAAUUUGCAGGUGUGACUGCAUGUGAAUUCUAAUUCACAUGCAUUCACCUUAAAAGGUCCUUUGACAUGAACCCUGAUCCCAAUCCUACCAUCUUCAGCCACACCCACUUCUGCACCAUCAAAUUACCUAGCAUUAGGUUACAAUGAAUGUAAAUGAUUCUUUUAUUGUGCAAAGCACCCAGAACUGUAUCAUAUAUGGUUUAAAAAGAAUCUGCCCUAAUUUUAAAGUAAGUUACGAAAAGUAAUUUAUACUAAACAAAGAGUAAAAACAAACUUGUGGUAGCUGGUGAUGCUGCCUAACACAAAAUCUGCGUAGCGUGCAAUAUGAUUCUUAAUUAUAAAUGAGCCGUACUUUAGAUUAGAAGGAAAAGGCAAUCCCUCUUGGUAGGUGCCAGUGAUUGUAUGAAACUAGUCGUUGUUCUAGUUCUCUUUCUAAAACACCUUACAAUCACAAGGCACACUCCUCUUUAAAAUGGACUGGUACAGUUGUUCUCUAACGUGUAAUAAAACUUGAUUGUUUUGCAGGGCAGUGUUGGAAUUUUAGUAUUUCUUUUUCUUCAUUCUCCUUCAGAACUUGGCAUUUCAGAAGCUUCCAAGACAGUAGGUGAAUGACAAAAUUUAUUUUAGUCAAGUCUGGUUAACUGGUCAACUGGUUAACUCCAUAAUUCAAACUAACCCCCGGUUUUCAUUGUAGCAAGGUGGGAUUGUUAGCCCCAUGCUUAACCCCAACCUACAAUCUUGGACUGCUGUGGCCUCUCCCCUCAUCCCACCCUUGUCAAAGUUGUUUAGUCAGGAUCUGAACCAGCCACUCUUCAACAUUGUUUUUUUUGGAUCAUGAUGUUUCUUGGAAACUGCCCACCUACCCCUCCCUAACAUUUUGCCCUAAGUGAGAAGUAAGUGCUUAUGUUGGCUUAGGGUAGCACCGAGGUAGGUGGGCAGUUUCCCAUACCAGUGCUUUCAAACUCAUUGUGUGUGGUAGAAGGGAUUCAACAAGCAAACUUCCUAUAUUUGCUAUUCAUUCUUGUUGCUUAGAUGGAGGAAUGUAUGCAUAUGUGGGCCUAGCGGUUAACACCUCAAACUGUGGAUCUGGGGGUCUGGGGUUCAAGCUUCACCCGUUGCAUUGCUUCCGUAGACAAGGAACUUUACUCCAGUUUGUGUCUCUUCACCCAGGUGUAUAAAUGGGUGCUGGCGACAUACUGCUGGGGGUAACCCUGCUAUGGACCAGUAUCCCAUCCAGGGGGGAGUAGCAAUUUCCUAUGCAUGCUUCAUGCUAAGGAAACUGGGAUGAGUUUCGACCGUUUAAGCCUUUGGCUCAUGCACGCCUUUACCUUACCCUUACCUUGUUGCUUAGCCUAGCAAUGUGCAAGACAUUGAAUAAGUUUUGUUUGAUGGUUAAAAGAAAUUAAAUUGUUGCACUGCAUUAAUUUUGGUGAUAUAAUAAGGAAUAAUAUUGUGCUGUUUUUGUUGUCCUUAGAAACUAGUAAGACGUCUAGUGGAUCUACUCCUGAACAAAAUCAGUUGACUUACAGUCAACUCUGGAAAUUAAAGUAAGAUUACAUUAAUUUUAGUUUUUGUGUCAAAAUAUCUAAAAUUAGUACAGUAUGCUAAAGAGUGACUCUUGGGAGAAACCCCAUAAUAAAAUUUCAUUUUUCACCCCUUCACAUUCAAGAAAAUUUGCAGAUAGUUUUGUCAUUUCAUUCGUGGAAGUGACUUUUAAGUUGAUGGUCUGUAACUCAUGUAACACAACAUAAUACCGAGAUGCCAACCUCAGGAAAUCUAAAAUCUUGAGACACUCUCUUGUGCAUUAUCCCCGAAUAAAUUCUUACAUGAGGUACAGACCGUCACAAUUCACCUUUAUGAUUGUAAUGAUGAAAUGAUCUUUGUCAGUGAUGAAAUACAUGCAAAAAUGCCCCAGAAACCGAACUGUGAAUCACAGAAAAUUCAAAUUUUGGGAGAAAAUGGGAUAAAUUCUAAAUUAAAGCAAAGAAAAGCUCAUAACUUGAUUUUAUCUGGGAGAUUUGGUGACCAGUACAGGAGACAAGGAGUUGGUGUCAUAUCCAUGAGACUCCUGGAUAAUCCAGGAGAGUUGGCAUGUAUCACAGGAAAAAAUAACGGAUUCCCAUUUUUGGAUAUUUUAGGGUAUUUAAAGAAUACCCAUAAAAAUCCCAAAUUUGGCAAAGUGAGACAAGUCCCAACCACGGAAUUUCCAACCAAGUUCCCUGAUUGGGACUUGUCUCACUCUUACAAAUUUGGGAUUUUUGUGGGUGUUCUUUAAAAUUUAAUACCCUAAAAUAUCCAAAAAUGGGAAUCUGUUAUUUUUACCUGUGAUGCAUAUAAUAUAAUGUUUUGAGGCACACCACAUUUUAAUUUGUUGAAGAGACAGUUUCCAGAUUUUAGAUAUACAGACACUGGCAUUUCUGAUGAUUUUUGGUUGUUUUUGUUUUACAAUAAGGAUGGUACCAGAGCUUUGUUGGGCCAGCUGCUGUGUAAAGCUUGUGAGGUAUUGCAUGUACAUGUGGCUUCCCAUGUAUCUUUACCAGGCAGUAAGUACUUCUGAACAGCUUUAUUAGCCAGGUGAAUAUUUUGAUAAUACAGUUGUCAGACUUGACUGAAUCCUUAGUAAGUGUCCUGAAAAUAUGGGAUGAAAAUAAAGACUAAGCAGCUUUUUUCAAUUUGUUUGUUUUCCAGCUCAAUUACUCAAAGUAUCAGGCAGGCUACUUGUCCACGGUGUUUGAAAUUGGUGGAGUACUGGGUACUGCCAUGUUAGGAUUCUUUGUAACCAGGUAUUUCUUCACUGUUUUCGCACAGUGUGUAUUGAAGGAACAUGUAACACAGGGUGCAAAGAAAGUCAGUUUUAUUUUAAGUCAGUUGUACUGCAGCUAGCAUGUACUAGCCUGAGAGUCAUUUUGACUGCCCCCCCCCCCCUCUGAGUUAAUAAAGGCUAAAAAAUCAUUGAAGGCCUUGGGAGUCUUGCUUCUAAGGUAGUUUUAAUAUUGCAUUUACCUGAAGAUUGCCUGGAUCACACAAUGUCUUGUGUGACACGAAAAUAGUGUAACGUCAUAAGAUAAGAGAGAUAAGAUCAACUUUAUUUAACCAUGCAAGGCUCCUAUAUCAACAAAAGCUGGUUUCCACACGGUACAUAUCAUGGAACUUGUUUUUGCAGAAUUCGCUUCAUCGGAUCAGCAUAAAAAGCGGCCUUGGGUCUUUCACAUACACUUUUAAAAAAAAUUUCAAGUUUACGUGAAGUAACUAUCCCUAAUGUAAUUUGAAUCCCCCAAAAAAUUUUCUUGGCUAUCAGGCAAGUUAAGAACAGAAUUCACUAGCCUGAUGGCAAAAUCCAGCCCCGGGGCUAACGGACAGAACCUUUUUUGCACGCUGGUGACAGUUCUUGCAUUACGGUACUGGUGGAAUUCUCUUGACACCAGGACUGUUAUGGCCGGAUAAUUUCUGACGUUGGUUAUUACCAUAGCCUAAGGGUCCACUUAUGGAGGUUUCCAUGAGCAGAGAUAAUUGACUGUCCUCAAAAAGGAGUAGGUUUAAAAAAAAUCCAUUUAAUUUUGUUCAUGUCUUUCAGAUUUCUUCAAGGUAGGGCCAUUUAUGGUGUAACUUUAGCACUGUUUGGUAGCACUCUAUUCCUCGCCCUGUUUCAGUUCACUGGUACUUGGGGAUUUGCCGUCAAUGCUGUAUUCAUGUUCUUAGCUGGUGCUUGUAACUGUGGGGUAGAUCCUUACUUAACUGGCUCAAUCCCUGCGGAAAUUGGUGAACGAGAGAAUGCACAGGCUGCCACAGCAGGACUUGUCAAUGGUUAGUAAGUUUUUUAAACCUUUAGUGGGUAUCAGAUGGUUGAAUUGGGAAAUUGAAUGCCCUUUUUUAUCAUGAUUUGCCCAUUGAAAUCACGAAAAUAAAACUGCACGAAACAUGCAUGACUCAACAAAAAUGCAAAAGUAAGUUAAAAUGUUCCACCCCUAGAAUAACUUAUGGCGAGAUGAUUCAACAUAAUUAUUUAAACAUCUACAUCUGAGUCUGUGGAAGAAAAUCCUUUCAAUUCAAAUGAAACACCUUUGGUAGAGGUGGUUACUAAUAGCAAAGGAUAGAAGGGAAAGCUAUUUUAUUUACUUUUAUUUUUUCUCUAAAAUCUAUUUCUAAAUGUAUGUACAUGUAUUCCAUUUCUGCAGUUUUGGAUGACUGCAUUUAUUAAGAUGAAAUCCAUCAGGAAAUUGAGUAAUUUUAAUUUUCAGAGGAGAAAAACCUUGUACCAGAAUAUUAAACAAUAGAUCACUUUCUUUUUUUAGACUUUUCAAGGGCUAUAGCUGAUGUAAUGAGUUACCUGCAAUAACACCAAAGACAAUUUCUCAAGAGAGCCCAAGAAAAUAAAUGUCAAAUUUUGUGAAAACCCAGGUAAAAUUCUCAAAAUUUCAUGUGUAAGAUGUCAUUGUGAAAUUUGACAGUUUUUUUCUCGGGCUUCCAUGACAAGUUUUCUUUGGUGCUAUUACAGAUAACUAAUUACAUCUAUAGCCCUUGAAAAAUGUAAAAAAAGAAUGCAAUAUGCUUUAAGUAAUAUUAUUCUUCGACUGGUACAAGGUUUUUGUCCACCUAAAAUUAAAAUUAUCCAAAUUCCUGAUGGAUUCCAUCUUAAUAUUUUCUCAGGUUUUGGUGGAUUAGGUCCCAUAGUGGAAGGUCCAAUUGUUGGCUGGAUUGCUGACAAGUAUGGCUGGACAGGCCCUUUCUACCUUAUGGUAGCAAUGUCUCUACUUGGUUCUGUGACAAUGCUUAAGGCAUCCAAGAUUGAUCAGUCCAUAAAGAAGGCACAGUUCAUGGGAUCACUGGGUUCAGAGGAUGCUUAAGGGGUGAAAAGUAAUGGGAUUUAUCUGUUGGUGCAUGUCAUGGAAAGCCAUGACACGUUUUCCUGAAAAUGUUUUCCUGCAGGCCGGCUCAAAAUAAUUUUUGGACAGUGGCCAGACAGGGUGACCACCCAAAGAAAUUCUUGCUAGGUCACGCUUCGUUUCUGACUGGUCAGAAUAUUGGGCAAAAAUGUUGACUAAUCCUUGUAUAACUAUCAAUAUGUAUUUUUACAAAGAGACAAAAUCUAAGGGUGCAUUCCAUUUGUCAGAACUGACUGCCCAGCAGCCCAUUCCCCUUGUAAUGAGAAUUUCACUUUUAAUCAAAACUAACCAUACAUAUCAGUCAAAUCCUAAAAAAUUAUUAGGCAUAACGGAGAUGGUUUUUCAGCAAAACCUAUUUCAUUGCUAAAAUGUCUGGUCUGGCUAUUGUCCGGCCGGCUAGUUCUGCCUUUUGGAAAGCACGCUUAGAUUUGCAGGUGAGGAUUUGGUUGUUUCUUCCAGAACAACAGUGUGCUUGACUGUUAAAUAGUUGUUGGCGUGUCAAGAUGCCAUUUUGGCUAGACAUUGUCUGUUAUUUGGAGCUGUGCCCUGGUAAUAAUUGUUAGCUUCACACUAGAAGCGAAGUUAGAUUCAAGUAAGCCCUGGAUUCAAGUGCACUUGGAAAUCUUAAGUCGCUUUGUAAAAGACAUGGCUUCACACUUGUGGACAAAGUAUAUUACUUAAAGUAAAAGCUGUCAAUCUCUCCAUUCAUUAGAAUCUUGGAACUGCUGCAUGUGCACAACGGGCACAUGGCUUCCAUUUGUUAUUGGUCAAGUGUGUUCUCAAGUGUGGUGUAGACCAUACUUCAGAGCAAACUUCGGCUUCUUUGAACUACAAACGUUACCAUGGUCACCAAGUAAAGUUAAAGUAGGUACAUUUUAUCCCUUCACACUCAAAGUAGGUUCCAAGUUCACUUUCACGACGGUCGUGAGCAAAAAUUGUACCGUUUAAAUCAGCCUUAAGACAGUCAUCUAAGAGUGCCGGCUGGUCCUAAAGGUGUCUGUCUUAGAGUUGACGGUACGAUAAAAAUUAUUUUUUGGAAAAUGUGAUGCUGAUGGUCAAGUGUUUCUUUAAAACACAUGACUUGCAUGCCCUGUUCACAUACUGGUAUAAUUUGUUUUCUGUAUUCAUUUCAAUGUGAGAAAGUUAUUUAUUAGCCCAGAACCCAGUGACAUAAAGCAACUUAGAUGAAGAGUAAAGUUUCUGCAAGAAGAUUGUCUUGCAUCUUCUCAUCAGGCAGCAAGGUGGAUUGAAGUGAGAAUAGGGAGGAACGCAGAAAGUAUCUUUCCCAUGUUUUGCAAAGAAAAUCUCUUAAGAGUUGUUUUAUGCAACCGUGCUCUGGAGUGAAAUUUUGAAGAUAUUUAAUUCGUUUCGGCAAAUAUCGUGUUAUGUAAUACAAUUAGGAUGCAUCAUUCAAUAAUAGCUACAUUUCACCUAGAGGCUCAAACUAUGUCUUAUGGCUAGUUUAAAGAAAAUGUUUACGUUUUAAUGUUUUUAUUGUUAUUCUUAAGUCACAAAUUUGUGCACGUGAGAUUGUGAAGUUGCUUCCUUUGGGAAGUUAUGAGCAGGGUUUUGUUAUUUUCAGUGGUCAAAUAUUGUUUAGAAAACAUGAUGAUAGCCUGCGAGCAAGCUCUCCAUUUGGGGGGGCAGGGGGAGGUGGGGGGGAGAAAUCAUGCUACAGCAUGCUGCUUGCUGCCAUGUUCCCCGGUGGCCUCACUUAGUUCACCAUAACUGGAGAGCUUGCUCGUAGGCUAACAUGAUUAAAUUACACAUUAUGAAUGUGGGAACUCUGG